GUCGAAUACAACUGUUUGGUCAACUCCAGAGUGGUCUACGUCUUUGGUGAGCUUCGCAGAGAAGGCAACCGGUGUCUCGGGGACUGAACGCUUCUGUGGAGUUCUGAUUGCUGAAAUGUUUUAACAUGGAAUGAAGUAUCUGAUGGCUGAGAACAAAGACCUGAGGCGAAGUGUAGAAGACUUACAACAAGCAAUGAGAAUUCCACACAAGCGUUCAAUCCCGGAGUCGCCUGUUGCGUUCUCUGCGAAACUUUCACACAACGUUGAACACGCCGGGAUAGACCAAACAGUUAUUUUCGACAGUAUCUUAUUGAACGAAGGAGGCCAUUAUAAUCCACACACAGGUGUCUUUAGGGUACCUGUAGAAGGCAUAUACCUCUUCAAUAUGAUGUUCGCUGAUGGCUACGAACCACACAGAUUGUGGAUGCGCAUUGUCGUUGACGGUCAAGAAAAAGUCGCAGGAGUUGCCGAUACACUUACAAACAACCACGAUAUGAUGGGUGGAAACUUAGCUAUUUUGCAUCUUCAUCCGGGGGAUUCCGUUUGGGUGGCAACUUUCUACGCUGCCGAUGUAAAAAUAUACGGUCGACAUAGUUUCACUACAUUUUCAGGUGUUCUGUUGUAUCAAUACUGA